CCACUCACGUAGAGAAAGAAACUUCAUCAAAAACACAAUUCCUAUUGCAUGGAAGGAACCUUUAGCUUCUAUCCAUGUCCAUCGCCGCCGUCUCCUUUACUCAUCAAAGGGGAAGAGGACGUAGAACAACUACUCACUGCUCCUUCUUCCAACGCCGGAGAUGGAACGUCCAAAAAUAAACUUCCCCUCCUUCCCCUCAUAUUCCUAAUCUAUUUCGAAGUCGCAGGGGGUCCCUACGGAGAGGAAUCAGCUGUUGGAGCAGCGGGUCCUCUUUACGCGAUCAUCGGAUUCCUGGUUUUCCCUUUCAUUUGGAGCAUACCGGAAGCUCUAAUCACAGCGGAGCUCGCCACAACUUUCCCUGGAAACGGAGGAUUUGUUAUAUGGGCUCAUAAGGCUUUCGGUCCUUUUUGGGGAUCUAUGAUGGGUUCUUGGAAAUUGCUUAGUGGUGUGAUUAAUUUGGCUUCUUACCCUGUUUUAUGUGUUGAUUAUCUUAAACUUCUUUUUCCUAUUUUCUCUUCUGGUUUACCUCGUUAUAUCGCCAUCUUCACAUCUACUCUGCUUCUGUCGUUCCUUAAUUACACUGGUUUAUCGAUCGUUGGGUAUGCUGCUGUUGGCUUAGGUUUGAUUUCAUUAUCUCCAUUCUUUCUUCUGGUUGGGAUUUCAAUACCCAUUAUUGAACCUAGUAGAUGGCUGAGUUUAGGGAAUGAAAAGAAAAAUUGGCCUUUGUUCUUCAAUACCCUGUUCUGGAAUUUGAAUUCCUGGGAUAACGUAAGUACUUUAGCAGGUGAAGUUGAGAAUCCACAAAAGACAUUCCCAAAAGCACUUUUCUCAGCUGGAUUUCUCACCUGUUUAGCUUACUUGUUUCCUCUAUUGGCUACAACCGGCGCCACUCCACUUAAUCAGUCCAAUUGGACUGAGGGUUAUUUCGCAGACUUAGCUGAAAUGAUCGCAGGAAAAUGGUUGAAGUAUUGGAUAGAAAUCGGCUCUGUUUUGUCAGUGAUCGGACUAUAUGAAGCUCAAUUGACUAGUUGUGCUUAUCAGAUUCUUGGAAUGUCGGAAAUUGGUGUUCUUCCUAUGAUAUGUGGGGUUAGAUCCGAUUGGUUUGAUACGCCGUGGGUCGGGAUAUUGUUUCCAACCUUCGUGGCUAUGGGAGUUUCUUGUCUCGGUUUCGUAUCGAUUAUAUCGGUGGUGAAUUUCUUGUAUGGUUUGGGAAUGCUGUUGGAAUUUUUGUCAUUUCUUUGGUUGAGAAAAAAGAUGCCGUUCUUGAUUAGACCUUAUAAAAUUCCAAUGGGAUUGCCUGCAUUGAUCAUUAUGUGUUUAAUACCAUCGAUUUUCUUAGUCUAUUUGAUGUCGAUUGGUACACAUAUUGUUUAUUUGAUGAGCGGUUCGAUGACGUUACUCGGGCUUGCUUGGUACUUCUUGAUGAAUUUGUGCAAAUCGAAGAAGUGGUUGGAGUUCAACUAUGAAUAUAAUGAAGAAGACAAUUGAUUUCAAUUUUUUUUAAUGCUCUAUUCAAUUUCAUAUGAAGAAUGUUAAUAUAUGAAUGUUACCUUUUAUAAGAAAAAUUCUUAUAAGUCU